AUUGUACCGGCAAGUCCUUUUCAAAUUCUGGAGUAGAUACAGUCUAUUUCGAACGAUAUUAAAGGUUGUGUUUCGUCAGUUACUAGCUGCUAUAUUUUAAAAUUACGAUAAUGUAAAUUCAAUGACGAGCGCCUGCGCGUGUUAUCGAUUUAACUUCCCGGCCUGGACCUCAUCAGCUGCGAAGCUUAUGAGAGAGAAAAAUAACAAGAUGGCGAGUGAACACAAUCAGUUGUCCCGAUUUCUCUUGGUGCUUGCGAUAGUAUUAUUUAGAUACGUUACAUCCGAUAUCAACGAUGGAAAUUUCGCGGGAAAUAAUUUCAACAGACUUGACACCGAAGCUCUUUAUCAUCUUUCUCAGGAUCAAUUUCCGGAAACUUACAAUUAUGCACCACUACAUCCUGUUGAAAAUCAUUUGUGGCAAAGUCCCGAAAAUCUUGGCGAGAUUUCUGGAGUCGCGGUGGAUCCAUCGGGUAAUCCUGUGAUUUUUCAUCGCGGAGAUCGAACUUGGAAUUAUGAAACAUUUAACGAUAAUGCAGAAUAUCAAGAAAAGUAUAAAGGUCCCAUUCGUAAUGAUACAGUGUUAACAUUGGACCCUAAAACUGGCGAUAUUAUUCGCGGUUGGGGAAAUCAUACAUUUUAUUUACCGCAUGGGAUUCACAUCGAUAAUCUUGGAAACAUAUGGCUGACUGAUAUUGCCCUCCAUCAAGUAUUCAAGUAUUCGGCUUCCGGAAUUCCUCGACUGAUCCUCGGUCAACGAUUCGAGCCUGGAAAUGAUAUGGAACAUUUCUGCCAGCCAACAUCGGUCGCAGUUUUACCGAAUGGCGAGAUUGUUGUCGCUGAUGGAUAUUGCAAUAAUAGGAUAAUGUUGUUUGACAAAAGAGGCAAUCCCAAAUACAGUAUUGGCGAACAUUGGAUUUCUUUAAGGAUUCCUCAUGCUUUGACGAUUUUGCCAAACAGACAAGUAUGCAUCGCUGAUCGUGAAAAUUUAAGGAUUGUGUGCUUGGAUGUCAUAUCUUCCGGUUUGAAUCGAAAUCCUGAAUCUCCGUAUUCCAUUCGUCAUCGACAAUUUGGUCGCAUAUUCGGUGUCACGUCUUAUCGUGGUUUUAUUUAUGCUGUCAAUGGUAUGACGUCUAAAAACAUACAAAUUAAAGGCUUCACUAUUGAUCCAAUAAAUCGAAAUGUAACAGAAAUUUGGGGUCCAGAAUCUUUACCUUUUACGAUGCCUCAUGCCAUUGCAGCAUGCCCGUAUGGCACAGCACUUUACGUAUCAGAGAUUGGGCCCAAUAAAAUAUGGAAAUUCGAUUUAUUACAAACUUAAUGUAAAAAUUAAACGAAUAUUACAAAAUAUAACGUCAAAAUCUGUCAUCUGUAAUGUUAUUAUAUAUAUUAUUAUCUGGAGUAAAAACAAAAAUCAAAUUCGCAAAAGCAGCAAAAUUUAAUU